AUGAUCCCGGCGACCCGCCCGGCGCCGACCCCGACGCGCGCGCUCGACACGCGCGCGCAUCGAUCCGAACGCGCGCCGUCGCGCCGCCGCCUCGUCCGCGCCGUCGCCGCGGCUCGAUCCGACCGCGAAGCCGACGAAAGUCCCAAACUCGAUCGUCCAUGCGCAUCAUCGCGUCGGGACGUGCUGGUGCGAGGGUUCACCUCCGCGCUGAUCCUCCCGCGUUCGCGCGCCGCGCUCGCCGACGACCUCUUCUGCGGGUACUACUCCCAGAACUCCGCCGUCGUGCCGCAGUGGGCGCGCGAGACCCCGUGGAGCGAGGGCUACGUCGACACGUCAGCCGCGGUGGGACUCGAGGGUGCCAAGACAUUCGUGCGGAUCCUCGGCGAUCAGAAAAAGGCGGAGAGCGCGGGACUGACGCCGGUGCUGUGCCUGCACGGGGGACCGGGCCUGGGGUUCAAGUACAUGGACGGCCUCGAGGUUCUCGCGUCGGAGAAGCGGGAGGUGGCGUCCUACGACCAGAUUGGCUGCGCGCGGUCGCCGUACGCACCCACAAAAAAAAACCAAAACCAAAACCAAAUCCAAACAGCCGCCGCCGCGCUUUCUCCGCCCCCCGGGACGUACACGCCGGCGCUCUUCGGGCGCGAGCUGACGGAGGUUCGAAGGGCGACCGGGCUGGGACGGGUGCACGUCGUGGCGCACGGCUGGGGCGGGAUGCUCGCGCUGGACCACAUCCUCGGAGGCAACGGCGUAGACGGAGGAGCGGCGAUCGGGGGUUCAUCGCCGUCCAUGUCCAUCGCGUCGCUCACCCUCGUGUCGGUUCCCCCGUCGUACGCCCGGUUGAUCGCGGACAGGCGCGAGGCUCUCGCGCGAAUGCCCGGCGAGUACGCGCAGGUGCUCCUCGACGGCGACGAGGGCGGCGCGGGGGGCGGUAACCUGUCGGACGCCGGUCGGAAACUGUACGCCAUCGCGUUGGACGAGUGGACGCGUUUAUUCGUCAGCAAGAGAGCCGCGGGCGCGUGCUACCGGGGGUUAAAGACGGCCGGCGCGGGCGGUGGGUUCGGCGCGAGGGCGAACGACCCGCCGGACGCGGUCGGCGUCGUCAGCGCGCGCGCGGUGGCGCGCGACAUGACCGGCGGGUGCCUGUUCAACGAAGCCGGAGCGCUGAGCGGAUGGGACGCCGACGACGGCGGUCGGCUGGCGAUGCUCGCCGCGGCGGUUCCGGGCGGGGUGCGGUUCGUGCGGGGUACAGACGACGCGCUGAGCGAUGAAGGCGCGAGGGAGGUGUACGACGCGGUGGCCAGGGUGGAGAUGAAGCCGACGAACGUCACGUUCGAGUCGUUCCCGGACUCGGGAUCGUGCGUCCACCUGGACAAGUCGGCGGACUUUCUGGAGAGCACCGCCGCGUACGUCGCCGCGAGAGACGCGUGA